UAAAUUAAUUAAAUACUGUCAGUGACUAGUUUUAUCACAGGACCUCUGGUAGAUAAUAUCUCAUGAGCAUGAUGUAGUUUCUUGUGAGCACAAGAUACUUUCUUUUUCUUCUAGUUCUUAUUAUUUAUUUUUUCCCCUAAGUCCCUUUAGGGGCUCUGUAACCAACACCUCCAUUCUGGUAAAGAAAGCUCGCCAGUGCCUCUUUCUCCUGAGGACACUUAAGAAGAAUCAUCUGUUUUCAGCCAUCCUGGUGAUCUUUUACCACUCCAUGAUCUAGAACAUCCUAACCAACUAUGUCACAGUCUGGUAUGGGAGCUGCUCUGCUGCAGAGAGCCAUUGAGAACAUCCAGAAGUAGCACUGUCUGUGACAAGCUGGCAGCAUUCUGAAGGACUCCUCCCAUCCAGUGGGCUACAUGUACUGUUUUCCCUCCUGGCCUCAGACAGGUGCUUCAGAAGCAGACAAAGACCAGCAGACUGAGGAACAGCUUUUUCCCCAGAGCUGUGACUUUGUUGGCUGUCAUCCUGUGUCCUCACAGGUUACCAGCCCCCUACAUUCACUCCCUUUAGUGACAGAUUUACAGACGGGAGUUUUGGCUCUUUGAAAGGAAUUGUAACUUAUAGAUCUGUUCCGUUCAAAGAGCUGUUCAAAUGCCUCGUUUUUAUAUAUAUUUGUUUUUAAGAUGCCAGUCUAGGAUCAUUUAUGUUAUCCUUGAAAUAAGCCCUGUAUGGUAAAAUUUGGAUCAGUAUUAUCCAAACUUAGACAUCCCACUCAUCUCUUUAUGGGGUAUCUGAGUCUAACUAUUUUUAAAAUACAGAUUCUAGACAGAAGAGGUGCUUUAUUCAUCGCUUGAUAAAUAACACAUUUAAUAAAGUUAAUAUGUCUGUGCUGACCAGGAAUCUAAUCCAGGUCCGCUAUGCUCAUCACUAUACCAGCUCUGUCUCACCAUCUCAAAGUAGCUGCAGCUUCUGUGAGGAUCUGUAUGAAAGGCAGGAAAAAAAAGAAAAAGAAAGAGGAAGAACGGCUCGCAACUUCGAGUCAAUAGAUUCGGUUCGUUCGCGAACAUCACAUCUCUAGUUAGGCCGGAAUUUUCCAAGGUGGUUGACUAAACUGUGUCUAGUCCUGUGUAGCUAUUUCAGUUAGUUAACUGUUUGGAUAGCAUUAUUUCAUACUUCUUAUCUUCAUGCUUCCUUCUUUUCUCCUCCUUCCUAGGGACGCCAUUGCCGUCACGUUUCUGAGUUUACUUUUAUUCUGAAAAAAAGGAGUGUACAACGGAGCUGCUCACUUGAUUGUCCAUGGAAGUCACAUGCGCCGCGGUCACAGCUCGGAUUUGCGGGGCAGGGCUUUGUUGGUUUCUGAAGGAACGAGACGAGCUUUGUGCAAGGCGCCCCGCAGGAGUUGACUGUUCCAGCGCUGCGCUCUUUUACAGUCUUCUUGAUGUUGAUACGCUGGGGCAGGAUCAGCAGCCUGGAGGCGGCUCGUCCCAAAUGGUCUGGAUGUUACAUGUCCGCAAUCUGCGAGAAAGCUGCAACCAAAUUGGAAAAAUAAAAGCAAGUUUGCAAAAGUGACCGGCUAGCUACUGGACGGCUGAAUGUGAAUCCGGGACCACAGGAUUGUGUGUGACUCCUCUGGUGUUAUCCAUCAGUAGUCAGUGGUGCAGUCUGAGAGCAGCCAACAGGAAUGUUUGGCUAUCUGGCGACUUGAAGUCUUCCUCUGAAAUGAUUGUGUGCGCUGUGAGCUGCCCUCUGUUGUGGUGGAGAAAUGGCAGACACAUUCUUGUCUGACUCUAACCUCCACACAGCAGACACGGUGCCAGGCGAGAUAGUCCGGUACGGAACCACAGUCCCUGGCUGUCCUUCGUUAAGUUGUCUGACAGGGUGUGUCCAGAGUCAAUAGCCUGUGCCAUGAAGACCCAGAAGUCCAGAGGAGUCACACCAGCUUCACCUUCUAGCAGAUGGAAGUCUCGUUUCACCUUACGAGGCAGAAAGAAGGACAGGGUAAUCCAAGGCAAGCUUCGCAUCCGCUCCACGCCUGGAGCAUUCCUGGUGCUGGGGGUCAUUGUGGUGUUCGUGGGCACAACUUUGGCUGUAGCAGGAUACUGGCCAUAUAGGAUAUCAAGAUCAUCCAUCUUGGAAGCUGCAGAGGAGGAAAGUAUUCCUGAAACACAGACUUCUGCAUGGAGUCUGGAAACAAAGGGCGUCCUGUCCACAGAUAGCCUCAUCCACAGUGACCGGAUGAAGCUGCUGGGUCCUGUCAUCAUGGGAGUCGGACUCUUCAUCCUCAUAUGUGCCAACACUGUUCUGUAUGAGAACAGGGACAGAGAGACUCAGAUGCUGCUGGCUCAGAUGCGUAGUGUUAUCUGCUCUGUGUCUGCAGCUGUGCCAUCCACUGACUUUAAAGAAAUAGCAACAGCCAACUUGAUGGACAAACAUCACCAGUGGGUGACCAGUCUACCUGCCGCCCAUCUCAACAUCCUCUGUCUACAGCCACUGGCUAGCUCCGAGCCUUUGCUCCAAACCAGCAGAGACCAAGAUGACAGUGUGGAGGGCAUGUACCAGCAAGCUGUUCUCCAAACAGAUGGCCUGAAGCAUCAAGAGUCAGAGCAUCCAUCUUCCCUACACUCCUCCCCCUCCAACUCAUGUAAUUCAAGUCAGACAAAUAUACAGCUGAGUGCUGAACCUGGGGCCAGCUUCAGUCCACAGGCUGCCCCACUCUUCAAGCUCAACCCCUGCCAGUUGUCUGCCAGCUCCAUGUCCACGCUUGAGGUGGAUGACGCAGAUCUUCCAGCUGCCCAGCCAAAGCGUUGCCAUAGUAUGAGCAACAGGACUAACCCUUACAAAUUCCGAACUAGUGUGCGUCUAGAGGAAGGACUCCUCACACCAGGAGAUGAGGGUCAGAAAAAUCCUCACGUUAUCCCUAGGGAAGAUGCCAGUUCACAAGUUUCCGUGAACAUCCCUAGGCUGAUUGCCAAUGCUGCGGAGGAACAGACACAUGGAAGUUGGCCUCGGCUUGAUCUGGCCUGCGGGAGACGAUACUUGAAACUGGAAAACAAAGAGGACUCAGUGGACAAACUAGUGGAUCUAUGUUCUCAUUGUGAUAAGAGUUUUGGCUCUGGACCUUUCCAAUGAUAGCUGUUGGUGAGGCAGCGAUGAUUUUUUUUUCCUGGAUCCCAAAACUGCACUAAGUAUUUUGAUUUUAUUUUUUGUGGGUCAGAAAACUGAGCCCUGGACAAUAUGUAGUACUGCGUUUCUUCAAUCUUUCAAGACUUGAACCCUUCCAGGGUAAUCUUUAUACAGAGAAAUUAUGGCUUAACUCAAUUUGGCAGACAAAUAAUGUACAAUUCAAGCAAGAGACUUAAUAUACCGUACACCCCCUACACUGUCACAGCUGAGAGAAGCAAAUCGGUUCUUUACUUCUGCAGUUUGAGUUGGCAGGAUCAUCUUGUAUCUUGCUGAAGUGGGUUUGUCUGUUUCCAGGACAGUGAAGGAGAGUGCAGGAGGAUGGGGGAUAUUCACUGUGCAAUCAGUUUUGAACCAAACUACCUGGACUCCUUAGCAUGUAAGUGCUGACAGCUCCUGACAAAUGCAACCAGAAUAUAAACAUUUUUUCAGUAGAAUUCCCACACACCUGAUGCAAUGCAUGACAGGUGAUGUACUGUGUGUUACAUACUUAAUAUAUAUGCAGAAUAAUGACUAUGUUGGUUGGUUGUUUUUAAUGUGUACUAUGCUUAACGAUAGUUAAAAUGUAAUUUGGGUCUGUUACAUAUUUUAAUUUAAUUGAAUUUUCUCAGUUAUUUUUAUGUUAUUUUUAUAGUAAUAGUUACCCUGACAUCGUUCUUAGUUGUUUGUCUGUACCAGCCCACAGACAGGCCACACAACCGCACAUGGUAAAAAGCUUCACACGCGUCGUGUUGGCCUAUAUUGCAGUUGUGUUUAUUAUUUUGGUUUAUACAUUGACAACAAUUUUGUUCCUUUUCAGUCUAUGCACACCAUCUUAAAGAAAAGAAAAAUGAUAGUAAUAAGUGAAAAACGCACUACAAAAAGGCAGAGACAAAUAUGCAUCGACCAAAAAGUCGUAAGUUGUAGCAUGAUCAUCUGUUUUUAGUGUGCAAAGACUUACUAGUGUUAAUUAGGCAAAGAAUAUAAUCCAUUAUGGUGGCAGACAAAAAAGACAUCUGUCAUAUUUUAAAAUGCACACAAUAUUCAUGACAAGUAUGUCCCUGCUGCUUGCCAUUAAAUUUUGAUCCGUGAACACAGAAUGGAUUAUGCAGAUGGGCCUCCCAGGGACUCCACUGAGAUUCAGUGAGGUGAUCUGUGUUAAUGCACACAGCUAGGUGUAUGUUAUGGAGGAAUAUGAAUAUCAGUCACACCCUCCUAUUUCUUGCCUCUCGUAAUACCACGCGCAGAUACUCUAUGUUUGAAUCAACACUCUGUUUUCUGUCUUUACUGCUUGUUCUGUAUGCCUUGUGUGACACUUUGUGUGAUAAUGUAUACUAAGCAAUAUGAGAGGUCUGAGAACAAUCAAUGGCUGGGUCUUGCCCUGUGUCAGCCAGUGAAUUAAACAACGUCACCAUGCCUGAUUUGCAAAUAUAAGGCAAAGCAAACGCACGUUCCAUUUGCUGUCGUCUCAUUUUUUUCAGGCUGUCACGGUACUGGGUGCUGGUUGUAUAUUAUAUGCAGUAGUUAAUUCUCUCCACACACAUACUACUGACAACCACAUCUGUCACCCUGAAGAGACUUUGCAUUUCAUCAAGGCUAAAAACAUCCAGCUCAGAUCUGGACUUGUGAGGCCACAUUCAGUUUAUCCCCUGAUGAAAAAAUGCGAGAAGUGAAUUUUUUUCUCUUCAGCUCUGCAGUGCAACUCUGAGAUAUAUGUAUAUGUAUAUAUUAGCACUUUGUGUCUAAAAUUACAUAGCCGCAGGAGGGCAACAAGGUGCAGAUCCCUGAGAAAAGAGGGAUCAUAAUUUACAACCACUGUGCCAGACAUUAGCUCUUAUUCUCAUAUUCUAGCUGGUAUAUUGGGAUUUCAUUUUUCCAUCCCAAACAGCAAGUAGUGCUUUUCUAUUAAUUUAUUUCUAUUUUAUUGUUACUCAAAGUGCUUUGCAGUCUCAAUGCCACAUCUACAGUACGAGCUUGUUCACACAAAUGCACACAUUCACACACCACUACCAAGCACUGGGACCAACCCCAGGGUUCAGUGUCUGGAUUAAGGACUCAUCUGCUUAGCCCCAGCGUCCUUUUGUAUGGGAAUGAACACAUUUCAAAAUGAGGGUGUUUUACUAUGUAUAUUUCUGAGUCUGUUUUCUUGACCUUUCAUCAGGACCUCUCUCUUUUUUUUAGCCACAUUGUGGAGACUAAUGUAUCCAAAUGAUUGCGUUCAACUAUCAGUCACUGUGAAAAAUAUAAAAGCAGACAUAAUGU